AGUAACUCGGUCUUCAACACUUUGCAACCUUCAUCGCGCUCUCUUUCACUCCCUGGGUCCGUUCCCGGGAGGAAGUACGGUGUAGCUCGUGGUGUACUCUGGUUUUUUUUUGUUUGGGUCCUUAACCUAAAAAAAAAAAAAAAAAAAGACAAGAGGGACACGCCACAGCUCACUCGAGCAUUGACUAGAAAUCACUAAUCAAGCCGCACCUAUCUUCAAGUCUUUACUGUCUUACUGGAGUCCUCAGUCCUCAAUACACGAGCCAAGAGAAACGAAGCUCAGUUUAAAUUUAACACCCAGGAAAAAUAAGCCCAGGUAUCUGUUAUCAUUGCAGUAACUGGAUGCACCAACUAUUCUACCAAGAUGAUGUCACUGGUAUGGAUGUUGAUGGGAACUCUGCUGGUCGGCGGCGCCAAGGGCAGCGUCCCAGAAGAAGGGCAAUGCAUCUGGUACGACAUUGGCCCUAAGAACCCUGAGAAACCGGACACAUCUGGUAUGACACUGAACACGAUCUACAACGGGCCAGCCAAGCCCUUAACUGAUGAGGUGGCCAUCCAGCAUCUCGAUGACAACUGCCCCUUGUUGAUGGAUGAAAUACGAACUAUGUACGACGGGGAGGUGCGAACGUGUUGCUCUCCCGAGAAUAUUGCAUCCAUGAUAAAAGGGUUCAGCAACAUGGACUACCUGGUAGAUAAGUGCAAGGCCUGCAACCUUAAUAUGAAGAUCAACUUCUGUUACUUCACCUGUCACCCAAGACACUCCAGUUUUCUCAUCCCCACCAUACUUUACCCGUCCAAGGAGGAGCCUGAGGCGAUAUGGGCCUUGAAUUACUACAUCCAUCCCCACUACACCAGCACCACCUAUGACUCCUGCAAGAAUGUCUACUCCACCGAGGUUAAUAUGCCCGCUGUGGUGAUGAUGUGUGGCAAUGCUGGGUCCAACUGUGAUCCCGUCAGGUUGUUCAACUAUCUUGGUAACAAUGAUUUUGCUCCCUUCAACAUCACGUACAUUUUUGGCGAGUCUCCCGUAGAGGAUGUCGUCAACCCUGAAGACGACAAGUUUCAAACCAUGACGCCUUUCGAUCAGGACACAUCCGAGUGUAACUCGACGGAUCCCGCCCUGCGGUGCUUGUGUUCAGACUGUCGUGAGUCAUGUCCAGACAUACCACAGUUCGACACUGGCAGUAAACCUUGGCCCAUGGUGGGCUCACUGGACGUCUUAUCCUUCUGCAUGGCCAUCCUUUACUGCGUGUUAGGCGUCGUUAUCAUCGUCUCCGCCUGCUUCUGGCACCGUCGAAAAUCAGACACACACGCUCCCCAUGGAUCUCCGAGCUGCCUGGAGGUGCUCUCAGCUGGAAUAGAAAAGGGUAUCAAGGUGGUGUUCGCAAAACUUGCUAGAAUUGUGGCGCGGCAUCCUUAUCCAUUCCUGCUUAUGGGUGUUGCCAUCGUCACCGGCUUGGGAGUGGGUGUGACCUACCUGAAAGUGACGACAGAUCCGGUACAACUGUGGGCCUCUCCGACCUCGCGAAGUCGUCUGGACAAAGAAUACUUCGACUCCCACUUCAAUCCGUUCUACAGGACUACUCAGCUCAUCAUCACUCCAAAGGGAUACGACUAUUUCAACUUUACUCUCGUUGACAAGACGUCAGGGAUUCCUGUGAAUUACCUAUUUGGACCAGCGCUGAACGAGACCUUCGUAACGAAGGUGAUGGAACUUCAAACCAAAAUCACCAACCUGACGGCGGAGAGCAGCGAGGGCACCAUCACCUUGAAGGACGUGUGUGUGCAGCCUAUGGCGCCCCAGACACCAGAAUGCUUGAUACAAAGUAUCCUUAAUUACUGGCAGAACGACCCAGAAAAAUUCGAGGAGAGCAUCGCCCAAGGCGACUACGCUACGCAUCUCAUCAACUGCUUGCGCAAUCCUUCAAGUGUGACAGGUACUUACUGCAUGGGGUCCUAUGGUGGCUGUUUUCCUUACACGCUCUGGAGCUUCUCAAGGCAGGCGAGUUUAUCUUCGAGAAUCAUGUACACGGAAGCACCGCUUUGUCAUCACAAUCUCAUCAACACUACUGGACACGGAAGAAACUUGCCCAGCUCUGCCUUGGAGAAAAAGUUCCUGGAAUUCAUGAAGGAGAUCACGAUGGAUGAAGACAUCACCGAACACAUGGACAUCGCUUACAGCGCUGAGAGAGCCAUACAAGAUGAGUUGGUGAGGGAGAGUGUGAACGAUGCCCUCACUAUCUUCAUCAGUUACCUCCUCAUGUUCAUCUACAUCACUCUCUCCCUGGGGAACAUGUCCUCCGAGUGUCGCAGGAUCUUGAUCGAGAGUAAGAUGACUCUGGCGCUGGGCGGAGUUAUUCUUGUCCUUCUCUCCGUGGUGGCCUCCCUCGGCUUCUACGGUUACGUGGGCGUUCCUGCCACACUCUUUGUUAUUGAGGUGAUCCCGUUCCUGGUGCUGGCUGUGGGCGUAGACAACAUCUUCAUCCUAGUGCAGACUUGGCAGAGACAGCCCCGCGAGCCUGGGGAGACCAUCGAGGAUCACAUCGGCAGAGUUGUAGCCGAGGUGGCUCCCUCCAUGCUCCUCUCCACCUCCGCUGAGGCCCUCUGCUUCUUCUUGGGUGGUCUGUCUGACAUGCCUGCUGUGUAUGCCUUCGCUCUCUACGCCGCCCUGGCCCUGGUCAUAGACUUCUUCCUCCAGAUGACCUGCUUUGUGGCUCUCAUGUCCCUCGAUGCCCACCGAGUUAAGGAUAACCGCUGGGACGUGCUGUGUUGCGUGAAGGGAAGUAAGAAGUCAGGAGAGAGCAAAGAAUCCAGUAUAUGUUAUCAGAUUUUCCAGCACGUAUAUGCUCCCUUCAUUCUCAAGGACGUGGUGAGAGUGUUGAUUUGCCUGCUUACCCUGGGUGUCUUCUGUGCUUCUGUCUCCGUGUCUCCGAAGUUGUCUGUAGGACUCGAACAAGAAUUAUCCAUGCCACAGGACUCUUAUGUUAUCAAGUACUUCAAGUACCUCAACGACUAUCUCUCCGUCGGCCCUCCUGUCUACUUCGUGAUGAAGGAAGGCUACAACUACAGCGACAUCCACGAGCAGAACCUGGUGUGUCAGGUCUCCGGCUGCUACGAGGAUUCCAUAACACAGCAGAUCUUUCUGUCCUCCCUUCAGCCUAAUGAAACCUACCUGGCGUCUGGGGCGAUGUCAUGGCUGGGGCAGUACCUCACCUGGUUGUAUGACGGUCCCAACACAGGAUUUUAUUCAACAGCUUGUUGCAGACUCGACAGCAACGGAGAAUUCAUCAACAGUUCAGCACAGUUAGACUUUGAUGCCGUAGGAACCUGCCUUCAAAAAGAUGACUUCGUGAACCAAAGGCCCAAACCUGAAUUCUUCAUGGAGUACCUGGAAGACUUUUUAAUGGACAACCCUCACGGGAUAGCGUGUUCUUCCGCCGGCCACCCAGCCUACGGUGGCGCUGUCGAGGUCCUGGACGAUGGUAGUGAAACUUACGUAGGUGCUAACUACUUCAUGACCUACCAUAGCAUCUUGAAGACCUCUAAAGAUUUCACUCUAGCAUUGGACUGGGCCUACAAACUCUCAGACUACAUGACAGGUUACCUUCAACAGAGGUCCAACUACUCCAGUGAUAUUGAAAUCAUUCCUUACAGUAUCUUCUACGUGUACUAUGAACAGUACCUGACGAUGUGGGCUGACGCAGGAACGAGUCUUGGCAUCUCAGUGGGCGCCGUCUUCGCUGUCACCUUCGCCCUCACUUUGGACCUCAUCUCCUCCCUUAUCAUCCUAGUCACCAUCAGUAUGAUCAUCGUCGACAUGAUGGGCAUGAUGUACUGGUGGAACAUCUCCCUCAAUGCUGUCUCAUUGGUCAACCUCGUCAUGGCGAUUGGCAUUUCAGUGGAGUUCUGCAGCCACGUUACUCAUGCCUUCGCCACUUCCGUCAAGAUAACGAGGGUGGAGCGUGCUAGAGAAGCUCUCGCUAAUAUGGGAUCCUCGGUACUCUCCGGCAUCACACUCACCAAGUUCGUAGGGAUCGUCGUGUUGGGAUUCGCACAGUCACAGAUCUUCCGUGUCUUUUACUUCAGGAUGUACCUCGGGAUGGUUCUCUUCGGCGCCUACCACGGCCUCGUCUUCCUUCCCGUGUUGCUCUCCCUCUGUGGUCCAGGAGUGAACAGGAAGCUACUGAGGGGCAAGAAGAAGGAACUCAAAGAGAUGCCACAGAAGCCAGCUAAACCAGGAACCUCUGGUGGAGCGGUCAACCUGAGCUACAUUACUGAUAAGGAAGCCAUUAAACAGAGUAGCCCCUCUCAGGCAAAUACCCGGGAACCCAGAACCACAGUAAACGUGCAUAUAUAUAACUGAAUCACAAGGGCACAGAGGAGUAUUAUUUUUAUAUUCACGGGCAAGUGUUAUACAUGUUAAGAGUCAUAGCAGCGCCUUGGAAAUAGGAAGUAGUUUUGAUCAGUGGAAGGGAAGCAUAGCUCAGUUUUUUUUGGAUGUAAAGCCCUUUGGUAAAUGAUAUUUUUGAUCAGUCUUAUGUGUCGAAAACUGAGGUCUAAGAGUUGCCUAGUUGAUGACAAGGACCUCGCCACCAUUCAUAAUGUAAAGAAGGAACCAGCCAGGAAAAUAAAUACACUGCAUGUCUCCUGAAGGUGAGGUAGAAGAAAAAGAAGGAGAAAAAGAAAGAAAGAAGAAGCAGUAGCAGACAUGAAACUGCGAAAAUGAGUUUCUGAAUCUGGAAACUUUUUUUUUUUUCACCUUGGCGUAUUGGAUUCAAUGUACUUGAUAAAUCUUUUAACGAUUCUCUUCAUAUGGCACAAAAAAUAAUAAUGUAGAUCUUUUAGUUCUGACAACUGUGGUUUGGAUGAUACAAUAUCCCUGCAGAGUGUCUCUACACCCAAUUUUAAGAAUAAAUUUAAGACAAACCAAAAAUA